GGCCCCGUCAGGUGGCAGCAUCGCCGACGGGCACCGCGCACCCUUAUAUCAAAAUUCCACAUUUUAAAUUAUGCGAAUAUUAAUUUGUUUGAAACGUUUUGAUAGCGUCUAUAUAAGUAAUGAGUUGUUAACCAUUAACUGGUACUCUAUCUAAAGAUAUGAGUAAUCACUUUCAUACUGAUAACAAUUGUCGAAAAUGAAAAGAAAUUUGUACUGCGUUUCUCCUUACAUACAAAGCAUAUACAUAUAAGAAUAAACCAUCAUAAACUGUAGAACUGGGCCAACAAGUAUUGUAAUUGUAUGUAUGAAAAUAACGAAAAUAAUAAUAAAAAUGCCGAAAACCUGCCUUAUAUGUAAAAAAGAAUCAGAUCCAACGUCCACACGUAGUUUUCACAAAUUUCCCAGAGAUGAAUCAAUGAGGCAAAAGUGGCUUGAUGUUGUAAAUGUAUCAAAAACUCUGAAUUUCAAAACUGCAUGCAUAUGCAGUGAUCAUUUUGAUGAAGAGUCAUUUUAUUCUGAUGAUUGGAGACAGAAAAGGUGGCUACGCAAAGAAGCUGUUCCAAAAACGAAAGAAACAAAGGAGACUGCAAUAAUUGAUGUUAAUAAUUGUGAACUAAGUGAUAUAACAGAAGAUAUAAGUUUAGAAUUGUGUACUGUUGAGGUAUCUUCAAGAAAUUCUCUCGAUUUUCAAACAAGUAAUGUACUUGAAGAUGUAAGUUUACAGUCACAUCUGAAUGAAAACAUUGAAAUGUGUACAAAUGACAUAUCGUUGAUAAAAUCUAUGGACUCUCAAGAGAGCGACGUGUCACAAGAUAGUAGUUUACAGUCAAGUACUAAAAAAAUGACUGAAACAUACACUCAAGAAGUGCCUUUGAACAAUUCUGAAACGUUGAAUGGUAGUACCCUAAGUAGUGAAUUAAAUAGUAAGAAAAGGAAAUGUUCAUUGAAUAAGGUUAGAACACGAACGAAAGUGCGUUUCAUCAAUCAUUUUAAAACGGAAUAUGUAUGUCGAGAAGAUUUUAUUAGUGAAGAAGCUUGGAAUCGAUUUUUAAGAUACUAUGCUCAUCAAAAGUCUAUCAUUGCAACUGCUUAUAAUAGAACUGCACGCAAACAAAAGAAAAUUAAAAGUUUGACUGCUUUGAUAGGUACUUCUAAAAAAAGAGAAAGAAAAGACUUCGCUGCUGCUGUACGUAUGACGAUUUAA